CAUCGCCACCCUCUCUUCACACCCCACAGGCCAAGCCAGCCGCACCGCGCCGCACCGCAUUUUGGACAUGGCGUCGUCCUCCUGCCUCGCCUCGCCGUCUGGCGCCACGCUCUGCCGCCCGCGGCGGCCGAGGUGCCGCGUGGCGUGCUCGGCGGCCGACGCCGGCGGGAGCACCGGGCCGGCGUGGGCCAAGGGCGCGGGCCGCCUCGCGUGCGGCGUGCUGGCGGCUUGGUCCGUCGCGUCCGCGUCCAAUCCGGUCAUUGCCGCGAGCCAGAGAUUGCCUCCACUCUCAACGGAGCCAAACCGAUGCGAGCGCGCAUUCGUGGGGAACACAAUUGGCCAGGCAAACGGGGUGUACGACAAGCCCCUUGAUCUCCGGUUCUGUGAUUACACGAACGAGAAAACCAAUCUAAAGGGCAAGUCUUUAGCUGCAGCGCUGAUGUCCGAGGCAAAGUUCGACGGCGCUGACAUGUCUGAAGUUGUCAUGUCCAAAGCUUAUGCUGUUGGUGCAAGUUUCAAAGGAACCGACUUCACAAAUGCAGUGAUAGACCGCGUCAAUUUUGAGAAGGCCGAUCUCACAGGGGCGAUCUUCAAGAACACGGUCUUGUCAGGAUCGACCUUCGAUGAUGCAAAGAUGGACGAUGUCGUGUUUGAGGACACGAUCAUCGGCUACAUUGACCUUCAGAAGCUAUGCACGAACACCAGUAUCAGCCCAGAUGCGAGAUUGGAGCUGGGCUGUAGGUGAUUAAUUCACCAAGAGUUCAUCCCCAUGGUCCAUGUUAAUCUGUCUGUCUAUAGAGCCGCCAUGACAAGACGCGAUCAAAGACGUGACGCCGAUUUUAUCCAUAUCUAUGCAUGUACAAAUUAAACCACUGUAUGUCUCAAGAAUAUCAGCAGCAAUGUAACCAUAUACAUAGAAGCACUAUAUAUGGUUCCCACACGCAUAUAUUAUUAUUACUGUUC